UAUAAAGAUAAACACGCGCAAUAUUGUCUCAUUGUGCGCGUGGCGGGGCGGGGACCGACAGAGCGCCUGAAGACACACGAGCGCGUGCGAUGAGAGAAGGGGAGGAUACUGGGACAAGCCAACAGUCAAUAUUUUUAUAGCGAAAAAGAGGAGAGAAAAGGGUGAGGAGCUCACAGUCGUGUGGAUUUUGACAGCCUGUGCCCCACUUUUGCAUCUACUUGUUUUACAACUAAACCCAAGGAGACGAGACAAGUUGCCAUGGAAACUGUUCUGGCCUGCCUUUUUUCCCUCCUAGUCUAUGUGACGGCUUUGUCUGACAUCGAUGCCAAAGAUGAAAAAGAAAAGGUGUUGGAUGCGUUUAAAUACGACUAUGAGACUUUAAGGAUUGGAGGUUUGGCAUUUGCGGUGGUCUUGUUUGCCCUGGGAGUGCUUCUUAUUCUCAGCCGCAGAUGCCGCUGCGGUGUCAACCAAAAGCCCAGGACCCCAGGAGAUGAAGAAGCUCAAGCAGAGAACAUCAUGGUCUCCAAAGCUAAGGAGACCCCUGCAGCAGAGAACUGAGAGCAUCCAGUGAUGAAGAACACAUAGCUGUGGCUGAACCACUUCACUGAUGUUAAAGAUGCUGAAGCUGAUCCAGACCACUGCUAUGGGAGGAACGUGAAAAGAUGAAGAUUUGGGGGGGAGGAGACUAUCACUCGGGGUUAUUAUUGGGCCAGUGUCUUGUUCGUAGACCUCUAGUCCUGUCACGUGACCAGUAACCGUAUCCGUCUAUCCGUCCGUGCCCUUUUGCGACAGUUUGUCUUGAGUAAGUUGUUUAAGUAAAACUAGCCACUUGCUGCAGAUCAUUCCUAAACUUAUCGAAUCCUCCCCAGCAAAACUAUAGUUUAAAGGGACAGUUCACCCAAAAAUGACAAAUCGCUCAUGUUUAUUUUUUUAAGCAUUUUCCAUACAGCAGUAUACUGUAGUGACCAUGGCAUCGUCAAGCUUUGGUCAGUAAUGUCAACACAGCAUUUUUUAUCUGGAUAAAAAGAAACACUUCAGUUGAGGUAAAAAUACUUAAAUAUUAUGUAAUAUACAGCAUUAACGUAGCCUCUUUUAUUUUACGAUCAGGAUACUUUGAUGAUUUGUACUUAUUCUUUAUAGAGCUUGGUAGACAUGGUCACCAUCAAUAAAUGAGAGAAGGUCACAUAAAGAUAGUUUGGAAUGACACAAGUCAAAAAAUAUUUGUUUUCGGGUGAUCUAUCCCUUUAAUAAUUUCGUGUCUUUAACAGCAAAUAACUGUUACUGUUAUCGGUGGUUACCUCUUGUAUCGUCAUUUGUGUCCCACCUGCUGUUUUUUCUCUUGUAGAUUGUAUAAAUUAUCUGCAGGCAUUUAAAAACACAUACGCAUUUAAUAUACUGUAAGUAUUGAUGCAGAAUAUAUAUACAUAAUAUAUAUAUAUAUAUAUAUAUAUAUACAGCGUAUGCAUGUUGUGUGCGUGUGGACAGGGGUUGUCUGAACGCGUGUGUGGGAAUGAGUGAGCCCACAUUCACACGAGCCAGUGAGUAUGUUUACAUGCACAGAAUAAGCGAAUAACUAGCUUAUUAUAAAAACUUGUUUUCAUGCUUUCACAUGCAAAUCAAUAAACCGGCUAUGUAGACAACUGCGUUUACAUGGGACUUGGAGAUUUGUCAGGUUUCUCGCAGGUAGUGACGUCAUCGCCUAUAGUACAUAAUAGUCGAUCAAAAAGCCGAAGGCAUAUCUGUCUUAAGCUAUAUUGUUUUACCUCUUUUCGUGUCUCCAGAACCUGUAAAUAUAACUUCAGGUUUUUUUUUCGCGCUUUCUUUGCCAACUGCUUUAGUAAAGCAGAGACUUUUAUGCGUUACUUCCGCGUCUGACGUUUAUCUGUCACACGUGGAGACAUGCGCACAUGGACAAAACCGUGAGAAAGCCGGUUAAAGGAAUAGUCUACUCAUUUUCAAUAUUAAAAUAUGUUAUUACCUUAACUAAGAAUUGUUGAUACAUCCCUCUAUCAUCUGUGUGCGUGCACGUAAGCGCUGGAGCGCGCUGCGACGCUUCGAUAGCAUUUAGCUUAGCCCCAUUCAUUCAAUGGUACCAUUUAGAGAUAAAGUUAGAAGUGACCAAACACAUCAACAUUUUUCCUAUUUAAGACGAGUAGUUAUACGAGCAAGUUUGGUGGUACAAAAUAAAACGUAGCGCUUUUCUAAGCGGAUUUAAAAGAGGAACUAUAUUUUAUGGCGUAAUAGCACUUUUGGGAGUACUUCGACUCGGCGCACUAACACCCUCCCUCUCCCAUUAUGAGAGUGAGAAGGGGAGCGGACUUUUCAGGCGAGUCGAAGUACUCCCAAAAGUGCUAUUACGCCAUAAAAUAUAGUUCCUCUUUUAAAUCCGCUUAGAAAAGCGCUACGUUUUAUUUUGUACCACCAAACUUGCUCGUAUAACUACUCGUCUUAAAAAGGAAAAACGUUGAUGUGUUUGGUCACUUCUAACUUUAUCUCUAAAUGGUACCAUUGAAUGAAUGGGGCUAAGCUAAAUGCUAUCGAAGCGUCGCAGCGCGCUCCAGCGCUUACGUGCACGCACACAGAUGAUAGAGGGAUGUAUCAACAAUUCUUAGUUAAGGUAAUAACAUAUUUUAAUAUUGAAAAUGAGUAGACUAUUCCUUUAAGGUUUUUACGUGCCACGCAAAAUCGGGGUAAUGAGCAAAAAACUACCUGUGCCGAUCGGUUUUUGCUUACGCCGUUUAUGGACUUUCCCCAAUAAAAGAAAACCAUUUUACGCGUUUACAUGACCCCACGUGUUAUCAGUUUAUUAAGCAUAAUCUGUGUAAGACUGUGCAUGCAAACGCACUCAGCGUGUAUGGGCAUUUUCUUCCUGACAAUCUUUAAACCACUGUACCUAGACCAAGCACAAAAACAGAACAGUACCACUACUGUACCACAGGGGGCGCCAAACUAUUGUGCUCUAUCAGCUACAACACUGCCGGCCUCUGUGCCCUCAUAUGGACCCAAUGCAGACUCAGAUAGCAUGAGCAAUUCACCUCACCAUAGUGCCACUUACCUGUGUCCUUUACCUCUCAUUGUUGCUUUAGAUUAUUCGUUUACCUUCUUAAGGAGACAGUUCACCCAAAAAUGAACUAUUAACCUCACAUCAGUUCAAACUUUUUUUCUGUUGAACACAAAGAGAUAUUCAUUAAUUUUGGGUAAACUAUACCUUUAAUAUCAGUAAUACAACCACUGUAAUGGAAUCAAAAUCUCUACGGAGACCAACAUUUGCUUUUGUGUGUGUGUGUGUGUGUGUGUGUGUGUGUGUGUGUGUGUGUGUGUGUGUGUGUGUGUCUGUGUCUGUGUACGCGUGCGAAUAUGUGUCGUGCCACACAUCGCUUGGUGUGCAAAACCCAUGAGAGUUAUAAAAAUGUAGGUCAGUUUCUAAAGAAAGAAGUGUUUCACUGAAUAUUAAUCACAUUUUGUCGAGUCUAAUGCUACAGAUGCUUUACUAUUACGGACGAAUCGGGAACACGUUCGUCUUAUCUCUGUGCAGCUGCUGUGUAUUUCUGUGCUUCUGAAUAAAUAAAGUCUUUGUCUGACACAGG